AUGGAGACGCAAGAUUUGUCGCCAUCGUUAAGAGUGGCCCUAAAAACUAUUUUUUUCGAUACUGUUCAAGAAUUUUCAAUGCUUUACAAAUCAUUGUCUUGUCAAAGCGAGGCUCCUCAGGUAAAAUUUUCGGAAAAUGAACAGUCGGACGCUUUAUUAGCUGAAUUGAACCAAAUUUUCAUUGAUGCCCUCUUGAAACUCAACGACUUUCAUCAAGGAGAUUUCAUUUGUCAUUCCGAUGGAUCCUGUCGAAAGUUGAGUGAAGAUGAAAGCCAUCUUCAUGCAUUUUUAACAGAACUGGGCUCCAAAAUCAAUGUAUUCAAAACUCUUGGAAGUGAAAUUGAUCUAAGCGGCACCUUUGAGUCUCUUAAAUUAAAUUACGAGCAGAGUAAGUCUGCUAUUGAUUCUCCUAUUCAUUUAACGAAACGCAUCAUUGAUAAUGACCAGUUAAUCAAAUUUCUGCAAGAAAAGAUUGCGGCAUCCCAGGAACAUUUUGUAAAGCAGAUUGACUUAUACGAUGAACUGAUCAGAAGGUUGAAACACGAAUUACAGGAAGCCGGUCAGUUAUCAGAAAUGACGCUUCAUUAUUUGAACGCAACUUACAAAGAGAGAGCCGAUGAGCUCAGUAGAAUUAGAAAUGAGGAGACUGGAGCCCUUUCUGAAGAGACGCAGGGCUAUUUGCAGCGUCUGAAUACCGAAGAACGUGUUAUCUAUGAAGAUUCAAGUUGUAUGCUAUCCACAAUUGAUGAGCAUUCAAAUCGCCUUAAGUAUCUUCAGAGUCAAACAAAAGUUCAGGAUUUAACUAAUGAUGUUGAAAACUUGGUUACUAGCCUGGAAAAACUAAAAAUUAACUACGAAACGUUGAAAGAGAAUUUCAAAGAGUACAAUCAAGUUGUCCUCGACUAUGAUGCUGAACAGGAGAGAAUUCGGCAGAAGGAGGAAUAUGAACAGAAACUUCUGGAAGCUAUUUUUAAAGUCCAAGCUUGGUGGAGAACAAUGAUAGUAAUCCGAAAAAUCAAAGUUCCAACAGGACAUGCGCACAGGAAAAAGGCCAAAGGGAAAUCAAAGGAUAAAAAAUAA